UUCACUGAUCAGGUUUUUUUUUUUUUUAGGGGAAAAAAAAUCUUUUAAAGCUCCGUGGACUGGGUGCUUCCAUGGCGGAUUCUCUAUGCCUAGUAGCGUAGUUUCAAUUUGCUAAGAAAACCCAGUAAUGGCCCUUCUUCGAAGACCCCUUCUCCUGCUCCUUCUUAUAGUAACUCAUCAAUUCUUGCAAUUUCGGAUUGCUUUUGGAUCGGUCAAUGAAGAAGGCCAGAAACAAGAAGAAUUCUACGAGGAACUACUCUUGAAGCCAUUGCCAGAUCGCAAACUGUUGACCCAUUUCCAUUUUCAAAGCUCUGCCCCUCCUUCUACCUCGAAUGGCCGCCAUCACCAUUUAUUCCCAAAAGCCAUUUCUCAGUUGGUUCUGAAAUUUCAAGUUAAGGAAAUGGAGCUGUCUUUCACACAAGGGCGCUGGAACUAUGAAAGCUGGGGCGGAUUUGAUCCCAUACCAAGCAGCAAUGCAAAGCCCCCUGGGGUAGAGUUAUGGGCUGUCUUUGAUGCCCCACAACACCUAAUUGAUGCUUUGUGGAAGAAUUUAACACACACGCUUUCUGGUCUUUUCUGUGCCUCGAUCAACUUCUUAGAGUCUAGUACAGCUUAUUCUGCCCCAGAAUGGAGUUUUCCACCUGCUUCAGGCAAGCUGAGGUAUGGUACACUGCCCCGUGAAGCUGUUUGCACAGAGAAUCUAACUCCAUGGCUGAAGUUGCUUCCUUGUCGGGACAAAGCUGGGAUUUCCAUGUUACUAGAUAGGCCAUCAAUUUACCGAGGUUUUUAUCAUUCUCAGAGGUUGCAUCUCACCUCAACUGGAUCUGGUUCCGAGGGGAUGGAUCCAGGUAUCAUAUUAGAACAGACACUUACAGUUGUCCUCCAGCCUGAUAGUCAAAGGGCCAGUCUGGCCCAUGCUAGUGAAAAACAUAUUCAACCGAGCUGGUCUCUUAGUUCGAUUUUUGGGAAACAAAUUAGUGGAAGAUGUGUUCUUGCAGAGACUAGUAGUGUGUACUUUCUACUUGACAAGGGCUUAGUUGCUGAACUAGAACAUAUACAUAAAGAAAAUGAGAAGUCUGAAGAAAAUGUUUUGAUAUCUGAGAAGUUUUGGAAUAAUCCCAGCUUUGAGUUGUCUGCUAAACCAGACAGGAUAUUCAUAGAAGAAAGCAGUUUGCUUAGCAAGAAUGCUUCAGUUUUGUACAAGUUCGAAAUUGAGAAAUACGGUGAAUCUGAGCCAUUUGAUCUUGGCCUUUUCUGGAAGACUCCUGUAGUUUGGUUGUGUCAACAAGCACCAUUACAUGCUAAUAGAUUCUUGAUGGGAAGUGGGAAUGAGAGGGGUGCCAUUGCUAUUUCCUUAAAAUCUACACAAUCGAGUGAGGGCUUCAUGGGCUCAAAUUCCAAUGAUGAAAGGUGUGAAUUGCGAGUUGAUGUUUUUCAAGUUGUGCCUUGGUAUGUUAAGGUAUAUUUCCAUUCUCUGCAAGUGUUUGUUGAUCAACAACCUAAGGCUGUUUCAGAUAUUAUUGAGAAGAUACAUGUUUCACCUUCCAAAGACAAAGUGUCUCCAGGUGUGAUGGAGUUGGUUCUGACACUUCCUUGUAGCGUGAGCUCAGCUGUUUUAACAAUAGAAUUUGAUAAGGGUUUUUUACAUAUUGAUGAGUACCCCCCUGAUGCUAAUCAAGGAUUUGACAUACCAUCAGCUAUUGUAAGCUUUCCCAACUUCCAUGCAAGAAUGGUUUUCCUUGAAAAUGACUCUUUGAACAAGUCACCCUUGUUGUCAAAGUUUCAGGAAAAGAGUCCUGUCAUGUCUUACACAGAAGUAUUACUGGUACCUUUGACAACUCCUGAUUUUAGCAUGCCUUACAAUGUUAUCACAAUCACAUGCACAGUGUUUGCAUUGUAUUUUGGAUCAUUGCUCAAUGCACUAAGACGGCGUGUUGCUGAGGAGGAGAGAUUUCUUAAAGACAAAGCUGCCAAGAAAAUGGAUCGGAUACCUCUGCUGCUAUCAAAGUUGUCGGCCAAGCUUAGAGGUAGGCAUUUGGAAGGUCCUCAAGCACCCCCAGCUUCAUCAUCCUUCAUUAACUCUAAAUCAGUACUCAAAGUCAUACUAAUAGCUGGACUCGCGGUGUAUUGGCAAUACUAUUUUUCAUGAAGAUAUAACAGAAGUUUUCAGUGUACAAUACAAGGAAAACGAAAGCAUAGUGUAGCUCAGGUUAGGGAAAAAGGAUUUUGUGUAUCAUUUUGAGCUAUUGUUCAUUUUGUUUUAGUUUUUGAAACUUUGAACCAUUUUUAUAAUUUUCCUGAAAAUGUGAAGAUUUUAACGGAACUUGGUUCUGCAAAAUGGUUCUCCUUUGGAUUUCCAGCUCUGUUGGUGUAACGGCUUAAGGAAGGGUUUGAUAAGAGUUUCGAAUUCCCCAUC